UCUUUAGACUAGAGGUGUUAGCUUUGCUCCUCGUUACAGACUCCUUGAAAGCCCAGCACUGUGCUCUUUCUGUCUCUGAGAUCGAGUUGAAAUAGCCAGUGUGUCAGUCUGCAGCCCAGCUCUUCAGAACUGAAAGCAUUGGCAGCAUUGGCAGCCUUGGCAGCAUUGGCAGGGCGGUCUGUAGCCUAAGAGUAGUAGGUUUGAGUGAUGAGGGUGAGUACAUGUGGUACACAUACGGCUGCAGUGUGAGCUUGUAGCCUCAGCACUCAGGAAGCUGAUGCUGAGGGAUUGUUUGUCCAGAGGUUUGAGACCAUCCUGGGCAGGUAUAGCCAGGUCCUCCUUUAAAAAAAAAAGUUAAAUACACAAAACUUUAAAAUGUAAAAGUUGCUUCCUGAAUGGUUGUCAUGAAAAGUAACUGAGUAACGUUUGACAUUGUAAAACACACAAAAGCAAGACAAACAAAAACUCACAUCUUUGAAGUUAGGAGACUUUUCAUUAGAAGAUGUGCUUUGCCAUACAGUGAUAAAGAGGAGUGUGUUCAUGUUUCUUUAAGAUUUGAGUGUGUGGUAGAAAUGCUCUUGGUAUGUAUGUCCAUAUUUAUUAUUUAUUUAUUUUUGAGACAGGGUGAGUUACUAUCUGUCUCGGCUGGUCUUGAGUUUAUUAUCUUCCCUCAGCCUUCUCAGUGCUGGGAUUACAGGAAAGCCAGUGUAACUCCUUCAAGACUGGAGUGGCACACACUACCUGCAUCUGCCUCAUUGUACAAGUCUCCGGAAUAUGAAUCCCUCGGCUUUGAGCUUACUGUGGAGAGAUUAGUUUCCAUUGGCUAUCCUCAGGAGCUCCUCAGCUUUGCAUAUGAUUCUACAUUCCCUACCAGAGGACUUGUCUUUGACACGCUCUAUGGAAAUCUUUUGAAAGUCGAUGCCUAUGGAAACCUCUUGGUGUGUGCACAUGGAUUUAACUUCAUAAGAGGACCAGAAACUAGAGAGCAAUAUCCAAAUAAAUUUAUCCAACGAGAUGACACUGAGCGGUUUUACAUUCUGAACACACUGUUCAAUCUCCCAGAGACCUACCUGUUGGCCUGCCUAGUAGAUUUUUUUACUAAUUGUCCCAGAUACACCAGUUGUGACACAGGAUUUAAAGAUGGGGACCUCUUCAUGUCCUACCGUAGUAUGUUCCAGGAUGUAAGAGACGCAGUGGACUGGGUCCAUUACAAGGGCUCCCUUAAGGAGAAGACAGUUGAAAAUCUUGAGAAGUAUGUCGUCAAGGAUGGCAAGUUGCCGUUGCUUCUGAGCCGAAUGAAGGAAGUAGGGAAAGUGUUUCUGGCUACUAACAGUGACUAUAAGUACACAGAUAAAAUCAUGACUUACCUGUUUGAUUUCCCGCAUGGCCCCAAGCCCGGGAGCUCCCACCGGCCGUGGCAGUCCUACUUUGACCUGAUUUUGGUGGAUGCUCGGAAACCACUCUUUUUUGGAGAAGGCACAGUGCUGCGUCAGGUGGACACUAAAACUGGAAAACUGAAAAUUGGCACCUACACGGGCCCCCUGCAGCACGGCAUUGUCUACUCAGGAGGUUCAUCUGAUACAAUCUGUGACCUGCUGGGAGCUAAGGGCAAAGACAUUUUAUAUAUUGGAGAUCACAUUUUUGGAGACAUUCUGAAGUCAAAGAAACGGCAAGGGUGGAGAACUUUCUUGGUGAUUCCUGAGCUUGCGCAGGAGCUCCACGUCUGGACUGACAAGAGUUCACUCUUUGAAGAACUUCAAAGCUUGGAUAUUUUCUUGGCUGAACUCUACAAGCACCUGGACAGCAGUAGCAAUGAGCGCCCGGACAUUAGUUCCAUCCAGAGACGGAUUAAGAAAGUAACUCAUGACAUGGACAUGUGCUAUGGGAUGAUGGGAAGCCUGUUCCGUAGCGGCUCCCGGCAGACACUCUUUGCCAGCCAAGUGAUGCGCUAUGCUGAUCUCUAUGCGGCCUCGUUCAUCAACCUGCUGUACUACCCAUUCAGCUACCUCUUCAGAGCUGCCCAUGUCCUGAUGCCGCAUGAAUCAACGGUGGAACACACACACGUGGAUAUCAAUGAAAUGGAGUCUCCUCUCGCCACCCGGAACCGCACGUCAGUGGAUUUCAAAGACACUGACUAUAAGCGACACCAGCUUACAAGGUCCAUUAGUGAGAUCAAGCCCCCCAACCUCUUCCCGUUGGCCCCCCAGGAGAUCACACACUGCCAUGAUGAAGAUGAUGAUGAAGAGGAGGAAGAGGAAGAAUAAGGAGGCAGACUAGAAACCCCGAGCACCCAUCAAGUCUGUCAGACUCACGGGGCGAGGGGUGGCCUGUUUGGAUUCUGUUAGAGUGGGAGGACUCCAUCAGAAGUCCUGGAAAGUUUGGAAAGUUUCUCAAGGCUUUAAAUAAUUCUAAUCAUAGCUACUUCAGUUUUGUGUAUCUGUUGUCUGCAGAUGGUUUGAAACUGUAUAGGAAGAACAGGUAAAGGCAGGUGGAGUGCACACAGAUUGCACCACGUGGCUUGUGAUGAUUUUCUGUGUCUCCUCGUCAGCGUGUCAUCUGGAUGUACGAAGGUAGUAAAGGGUUUCAGAACAGAGCCACGGGACUGGUAGGAAGAGGAGAUCCACAAAUGCUGUAUACAGGCUGCACCGCUGCUUCAAACCCCACUUGUCCAGUGCAUCACAGUGUUGCUAAUCAGUGGAGAACUACAUGCUUUCAUUAUCAAGUGUAGUCAGCCCUCUGUUGAGGUCAGGUUUCCUUCCGUUAGCUUUUGGGUUUCUUCGGUGGCUCUGGCAAGGCUGCUGCUGUGUCAGUUGGUGCCUUUGUGGGUUUCCUUGCUGUAGGUGAUUCUAGACUGUGGGGAUUGGAAUUUGAGGCAGAAGUUACCAUCCUUACUACAUUUUUUAAAGUUGGUAGCACAAAUGCUUUUUAUUCUAUAAAAACAAUCCUUUGGGGGAAAUGUACCUGAAGAGUACAGAGGAGCAAGUUCCCAGAGCAGCAGCCGCAGCAUCGUGGUGUGCAGGCGCACCCUCCUCCUCGCCACAGAGACAGUCAGUCAGUUCCCGUGACAGGAAACGACCUUGUGCCCUGAGGAGAGCUUGAAGGCUGUGCCUGCUCUGCCAGUGCAGGGAGUUGUCCAGAACUUGAGUAGUGUCAGAGAUUCUUGCUUUAACUUUGAUUUGCUUUCUUCCAUUCUUGGCCCUGGUCACUAGGGUCCUGGCUGUUCUAGAACUCAGUAAAAUGUAUGUCUAAUGCUGA